UCAGCCUUGCCCCUCCCGCUUGCUUUCCCCUCCGCAUUCUUCUACCUCAUCGGUCCCAUCGAUGCUCCGCUCAUUGUUUCACUGCUGCUGCUGCUGCUGCCAGAUGUCCUUCCCGUGCGCCCAAUCCCAGUAGCUAGGCCAUGUGUUCCGCCCAUGAUCCGGGCGCGAGUUUCUGGGGAUUGUUGAUCAACUCGGACAAGAGUCCAGCCCCGCUCCUUGAACAGCUCUGUUUGGAAAUCGCUCAUAAAAUUUCGUCAUUCGACGAUUACGCAACGGCUGAUCUCACGCCCGAACGCCUGGCCUCUUUCUACCGCAAGGUUGGCGGAAAUUACGAUGUGCUCUUUCUCCAAACUAAGCCUUCUGCUCUGUCCUUUAUCUACCAGCGUCUCGGCUGCUUCCACAGUAUUCAACCCACAAACGAUGCAUACAAACCCCCCGCAAUCCCCGCUCUACAACCCAACGGCUUCGUACGAUGGCAAACAAUCCAAUUGCUCCUAGACCCGGACGAACAUUGCCGAUACCUCCAGAAUGCGGUCGAGCUUUGGGAUCUUGAAAACCCUAGCGGCGGCACAUUUCCGAAGACGAUUCCCCGCGAAGCCUUCCCCGAAUCGCCAGACCCAGAAAUGGUGGAGUGGCACGAGACAGUCAGCCGACGGUUUGAGAUGGACUAUGUGAAGAAGAACAUUCUCCGUGCAUCGCCUCCGAGUUUUGGUACCUACCACUCUCAAUUCAGUAAUCACCAUAAGGACGAGGCUCCGUCCCCCAAGGAGAAAAGAACGUUUCCCAGUCGCCGCAAGACAACUGCGCAGCGUGCCCAUGUCGCUCCGGAAGAACCAGCACCUUCGAGCCGUCAUCAAAGGCGCCGCAGCGGGGAGGUUCCCACCUCAUCCACGCGUCGAGUACAAUCCACUUAUUUCAGUCCACCGCCACCUCCCCCAGAAUUCGCGUCGCCCUCACCUCGGGCGCCCUCGCCACCAAUGUGGGCUAAGUCGUCUCCGAAGGCCCGAGGACGAGAACGCGGGCCCACCUUCUCACGCCCAGUCAGCCCAACUACUGUGCCGGGUCACAACCCCUCAGAUGCCUCGUCAGAGGAUUCAAUAGCUGCAGCACAAGAAGCGGCCAACCGUUAUAACAACCGUCAUCUGCGUCCCUCGCAUUCACACAGCUCCCAUGCCCGUCGGCAUUCACAUGAAGCGUAUGCACGGAAACCCCCGCGUGAUCUCUCUCCUGAAGCGCAGCGACGGACCUAUACCCACCGCGACACGUUGAACUCUCACUCAGGGCGACCAUAUGACUCCGAUGGGGGUCGCAGAACCCGCCCGGCACGUGUAUACGCCGAAGAGCCAAUCAUGCAUCCCCGGACCCCGGGCCCUGUCUUCUACGAGACUGCCUUCAACGACCCUCCCGUCAUGCCGAUCAACCAAGAACUACCUCGAUAUUCCCAUCAUUCUCAUGCACAUCCACCACCACCACCUCGUUAUAUGAACAUGAACGGUACUCACCCGUACGUCGGACGUGCCCACCCUGACAGUGACAUGCGCGUCCCUGUCGACGAGACUCGUCGAAGUUACCGAGCGUCCAAUGCAAAUUCAGGAUACCCUAACCCCGGUGUCUCCGACCACACUGCGCGUUAUUCUGGGAGAGAUGAUGGAGGCGCAUACCGAUCACCGAGAUGGGCCAACCCUGUUUCACCGCCCACGAGGGGCAUUCCAGUGGGUAUGCCAGACAUGGACUACCCUGUUCGAUCGAGACGGUCUAUGUAUGAUCGAUGAAAGGUUGUUCGGGACUUGGACACUAUCUCCCACUUCGCGAGGGCUGUUGUUUCUCUGACUGUAUAGUUCUGAGAAGUAGCCUUGAUCCUCGCCACAAUCAACCACGGUUAUAUUCGGAAUCUACUAACAUUACCCCCUCUCCUCCAGUCCAACCUUUAUCUUGCACGAUGAGCAUUGUCGGGCAUAGCAAUAUCGAUAUUGACA